CAUUGGUGUAGAUCAUGGUAAAUUUGAUAUAUGUUAUAACCGUCGAGGUUGCCCGAGUCGGCACGGAGAUGUUGAUAAUAAUUGAUCACCACGGAGAUAAAGCCGGAACGGUAAAAUUACGGUAUAUAUCCGUGUACAUACAUGUAUUUUCCGAUUCGUCAACAAUAAACAUUGAACAUUUCCUCUUCAAUCAUUCAUACAUUCAUACAUUCAACUUCAUUAUGAGCCAUGGAUUCUUAUACUAACAGUUCUCAGUCUACUACUCAUACAAAAGACUUAACAGAUUUGCCUAAUGAUAUCUUUCUAAUAAUUAGUUCUUACCUCUCACCGCAAGACUGUGUCCUAUGCCGUCGGGUAAGUCGGUCUUGGCUCGCUGCCUUUAGUAGCAACGAUACGUCGUGGAACCUCAUGAGAUGGCAUUUCCCACGUUCCCGCGAGAUGCAGACGGCCGCGGAGGAGCUCGACGAGAUACCUGACUGGCCUAGCAUAUUUCCCAAGGUGGCCCGACGGUACUACCACCUUCGCUCCGCUAAGCCAUGGGUGGUCGAGAAGAUUAGCGUAGUCCAGGAAGCGCCGGCCAAGGGCUCCUUCCGCGGUGUCGCGCCCUGGAGUCGGUGGCUGAGGUGGAAUGACAACACGGCAGUUUUUCAACAUAGGGAUCCCACCUGGUGCGUGGAUGAUGGGCUGUUGGUGUAUCAGGAAAUUGUAUCGGGGCGCCACAUUGCAUACGAUUUGCAGACUAGACAACGAUUUUUUGUCCCUUUCGACUCAUCGAAAAAGACUGUUCGACGUUUACGACUUGUCUGCGGAGUUCUCAUUAUCGAGUGGUGUGAGCGUGAGCCUUAUCAUCAGUUGAACGAUAGGGAGACCGUACACCGGCAUUUUGCUACCGCCUUUGACGUACGGCGGCAACGGUGGCAUGCGUCACCGUCAUCACCCGGAGCUCAAUUCGUGUGGAAUAUCACAUUUCGCUCCGAGUGGAAGAUUCACUUCCUCGGCCUACCUCUAAACAACCACGACCGUUUCUUCUCCACUCACACGGCAACGCACUACGCCGUGUACCUUUGGCAGCCCAACCGCUCUUCUUGGGGAGAGGAGGAUCCACUUGAACAGCUCACCAUCUGGGACAUCUCUGCGCCAUCUCCGUACCGCCCUUCCCUCGACCCGUACGGUGCUCAUAAACCUGGUCUUGACCAGCCAGGACCCACAGUCGUCAAUAGGUUCAUAUGGCGUGAUCUCGAGUUUUUAGGCCUGAGACAGCGGCAUACCCCCGCACUCAGAGAGAUUCUUCUUGACGACCGCAACGUUUACGUGCACGAGGAAGAGCAUAGAUGGCUUGCUGGACUACACUCGUCUCUAUCGCCGCCACGCCACCACAUGGUACGAUGCACGGGUAUCCCUUUCGCGAGAGGUGCCUGCGGCCCGCGCUGGGCCGACGAGUGCUGCGCUGACGGGGACGUGCAUAUGAGCUUCUGUCCCCGGGCCGGAGCGCUAAGAAGGCUCCUGAGGAAGAAGAAGGGGUCCGACACAACGAAGACGACGAAGACGCAGUUCGUCGACGCCCUUGGAGAAUUAGGAAUGGCGAAGGAAAGGGAGCUCGAUGAUAUCAAAGGGCUCGAUCCGGCGUGGCCGGGCUGGGCCCCUUGCUGGCGCCACGAGGAGUUCCCUUACCUGACGGUCAGCCAUGUUGUUGACGCGGCGGCGGGCGUGAGAGUGGUGGCGCGGCAGUGCUUUAUGAUGGAGGCGCUGUCGUCGUUCGUGAUGCCGAAGAUCAGCUUCGAGGAGGAUAAGGGGGUGGAAGAUAUAGAUGAUGAGACAGGAGCAAAGAAGGAAGGGGAAGAGAAAGGGGGAGGGGAGGUCAGGUUCGCGGAUGGGAUGUGGUGGGAGCUUAUGGGAAAGGGAAAGAUUGGUGGCGAUGAGAGAUGGAUUGUGGGUGAAGAUGGAGCUGGGAAGGUUAGUAUUGUACGGUUUUGAAGUUGUGUACACGUAGAGCGUAGAUGGUUAUUCACCUAACCUAGGCAAGUAGGUACCUAUCAGGUGGGUAGGGUAGCGGUUUAAAGAGCUUGAUUAUAUUAUUUUUAGCGUUCAUUAAUACAAUAGAUCCCACCUGGUUCUUGGAAAGUAAUCAGGGGGGGAGGGGGAGAGCGCUUAUGAUCUUUAAAAGGGGGUUGAUAGAAUUUGGAUUCAGGUUGGUAAUACC